GCGAUGGGUGGAGCAAGUCAUUCGCCACUUUCUACCGAGCCCAAACCAGCACCCCUGAUCAGUCCACCCAACACAGUCGCGCUCUCGGCGAUCAUCACUGGAUGCAAAGUGUUUGCCAAACGGUUGGAUGAGCCCGGACCGAUCAAAGCCGAAGUACUCGGCAUUCGACCCGCUAGCAUCCAACGACGCUCUCGAUUCGCAAAACCAGUCAUCAAGGAUGAGGAACCCAUCUCAGAUGGUCUAGAGAAGGAAGCGUCGGAAAGCUUGGAGUUCUAUUUGCAUUGGAUAGGUUACAACAAACGAUUGGACGAAUGGGUUGUCGGGUCGCGAGUCCAUUUGGACCAAUCCAUCGAGUGGCCCGUCGUCAAUCCAACCCCAUCCACCUCUGCCAAUAGUACAGCCACCUCACCCAAGCAAUCGGGAAAACAGGCACGGAAAUCAUCGGUGGUCCAUAAACGCGAGAGCUCUAAGCUUCGGAAGGUGGCCUUGAAGAACGCGCAGAAGUUGACCAAGAAGAAGCAGUCUCAUCGGCUCGACCAGACACCCAAGAACAAGCAGAAAAAGGCUAAGCGGGGCUCAGAAGCCAAUGGAGAAGAAGAAUCGUCGUCUCAGACUAAACUAGGAGACUCGGAGAGCAUGGCUAGUGAAGACGAAGAUGACGAAGAUGAUGAAGAUCCGGAGCAAGAAGAGCAUGAUCAAGAGGAGGAGGAGGAUGAUGAGGACGAAGAAGAUGAGGACGAGGACGAGGAUGUGGAUUCAGAUCGGACACAGAAUCAAUUUUCCAAGGAAGAUGAGAUCGAAAAGUUAAGAACCUCGGGUAGUAUGACCCAAUCGCAUCAUGAAAUAUCGCGAGUCAAGAAUCUGGACCGAAUCCAAAUCGGCAAGCACGAGGUCGAAGCCUGGUACUUCUCGCCCUAUCCCAUCGAAUUCGCCCACAUCCCGAUCCUGUACAUAUGCGAAUUCUGUCUGUCGUUCUAUGGCUCGGAAGCACAGAUCCAUCGACAUCGCAUGAAAUGCACGCUCUUGCAUCCGCCGGGCAACGAGAUUUAUCGGGCAGAAGAGAUCCAUUUCUUCGAAAUCGACGGACGCAGACAGAAAACCUGGUGUCGAAAUCUGUCGCUCUUGAGCAAAUGUUUCCUCGAUCACAAGACGCUCUAUUACGAUGUAGACCCAUUCCUAUACUAUGUGAUGUGUCAAAGAGAUUCGAACGGACUGCACUUGAUCGGCUAUUUCUCCAAGGAGAAAGAAUCGGCCGAGAACUACAACGUGGCAUGUAUCCUGACUCUGCCGCAAUAUCAACGGCUCGGGUUUGGGAAACUGUUGAUCGAAUUCAGCUAUGAGUUGUCCAAGAAGGAGGGCAAAUUGGGCUCCCCUGAGAAACCGCUCAGCGACCUCGGUCUCUUGUCCUAUCGCGCCUAUUGGGAAGAAACUAUCGUCGGCUUCAUCCUCGAUUGUCAUCAGAAAAACGAGGGCGUUAGUAUCGAUGAGAUCGCUCAGAAGACGGCAAUCGUUCAUAGUGAUGUGAUGCAUGUCUGUCAAACAUUACAACUCUUGAAAUAUCGAAAUAAACAACAUAUAAUUUGUUUAUCAGAUGCGAUCAUCGAAAGGUAUGAAAAAACAAACAAGAAGAAUCGGCGACGGAUCCAACCCAAUCAAUUGAUUUGGAAGCCUCCAGUAUUCUCUCGAGCUCAACUUCAAUUCGGAUUUUAAUUAUCUUCCAAUCAAAACCAUAAACCGUUUUUAUACUCUUACC